AUGGCCGACGUCUUCGCUAAGCUUCAGGAGAAGUCCCUCCUGAUCUCAUCUGGUCUCGUGGCCGGUGACUGGAAGAACGGCCAGGAUGGAAAGACUUUCCCAGUUUACGAGCCAUCCAGCGCGACAGUCCUUCAAGAGAUCGCCAACCUCGGCAGACAAGACUUUGUUGACGCCAUUGAGAGCGCCAAGACGGGAACGGCGAAGUUCUACGAGUCAACCACGGCAAAGGAGCGCGGUGCCCUUCUGCGAAAAUGGUACGAUCUUGUGAUGGCCAAUGCCGAUGACUUGGCCUUGAUCCUGUCUCUUGAGAACGGAAAGACCUUUGCCGAGGCUAGAGGCGAGGUUGUCUACGCCGCGUCUUUCAUCUCCUGGUUUGCCGAGGAGGCGACUCGGUCUUACGGCGAUACUAUCCCCUCCUCCUACGCCAACACUACCGUCCUGACAUUCAAGGAGCCCGUCGGCGUCUGUGGCAUCAUCACACCGUGGAACUUCCCCGCCGCUAUGAUCACCAGGAAGAUUGCACCUGCAUUUGCAGCAGGAUGCUCCGUGAUCAUCAAGCCGCCAAGUGAGACGCCCUUCAGCGCCCUGGCGCUUGCCAAGCUGGCACUGGCUGCUGGCAUCCCGUCAGACUGCCUCCACGUGGUCCCGACGAAGGACCGAGAGGCUUCGAUGGAGCUUGCAAACAACCCCAUCGUGAAGAAGCUCAGCUUUACCGGCUCUACCGGAGUCGGAAAGAUGCUUACCAAGGCUGCUGCGGGAACCAUGAAGCGUGUUAGCAUGGAGUUGGGAGGCAACGCUCCCUUUAUCGUCUUUGACGAUGCAGACAUUGAUCAGGCCGUCGAGGGUGCUUUGAUUUGCAAGUUCCGUUGCUCGGGCCAGACCUGCGUGUGCGCCAACAGACUGCUUGUCCAUGAGAAAGUUCAAGAGGAGUUCAUCAACAAGCUCGUUGCCAGAGUGCAGCAAUUCAAGCUCGGCCGUGGCAUCGACGACGGCACCACGCAAGGUCCUCUCGUGAACGCUGCUGCUGUAAAGAAGGUCGAUGCCCACGUUCAGGAUGCUCUCAAGAAGGGUGCCAAGCUUCACACGGGUGGCAAGGCUCCCGAGGGCCUGAAGGGCUACUUCUACGAACCCACCGUCAUCAGCAACGUCACAACCGAUAUGGAAGUUGCACACGACGAGACCUUCGGCCCCCUGGCAGCGAUCUUCUCUUUCAAGACGGAAGCUGAGGCUGUUGAGCUGGCCAACGCAACGGAGUACGGUCUUGCCGGAUACUUCUUCAGCAAGGACAUCUCCCGCGUGAUGCGUGUUGCCAGACGUCUGGAGUGCGGUAUGCUGGGCGUCAACACCGGCCUCAUCAGCGCCGCUGAGGCCCCCUUCGGUGGCGUGAAGGAGAGCGGUUUGGGCCGGGAGGGCAGCAAGUACGGGCUUGCCGAAUACCAAAACAUCAAGUCCGUCACCAUCGGCAACCUUGGCUUCAACUGA